AUGCAAAAGAUCAGUAAAUACUCAUCUAUGGCAAUUCUGAGGAAAAGACCGCUGGUAAAGACUGAAACUGGGCCAGAAUCAGAACUCCUACCGGAGAAAAGGACCAAAAUCAAACAAGAAGAGGUUGUCCCUCAACCCGUGGAUAUCGACUGGGUUAAAUCGCUGCCAAAUAAGCAGUACUUCGAAUGGAUUGUGGUUAGAAACGGCAAUGUGCCCAACAGGUGGGCCACACCAUUGGACCCCUCGAUCCUUGUCACUCCGGCCUCGACGAAAGUCCCUUACAAGUUUCAAGAAACAUACGCUAGAAUGCGAGUACUGAGAUCUAAGAUUCUAGCCCCCGUCGAUAUAAUUGGUGGAUCAUCCAUUCCUGUAACGGUUGCCUCUAAGUGUGGUAUCUCGAAAGAGCAGAUAUCACCGAGGGACUACAGAUUACAGGUCCUUCUUGGGGUGAUGCUAUCAUCGCAAACAAAAGAUGAAGUUACCGCAAUGGCAAUGCUUAACAUAAUGCGGUAUUGUAUAGACGAACUGCACAGCGAAGAAGGUAUGACAUUAGAGGCCGUUUUACAAAUCAAUGAGACCAAAUUAGACGAAUUGAUUCAUUCAGUUGGGUUCCACACAAGGAAGGCCAAGUAUAUUUUGUCAACCUGCAAAAUCCUUCAAGAUCAGUUUUCGAGUGAUGUUCCAGCUACGAUUAAUGAGCUAUUGGGCCUGCCCGGUGUAGGGCCCAAAAUGGCUUAUCUAACAUUACAAAAGGCAUGGGGCAAGAUUGAAGGUAUCUGCGUUGACGUUCACGUGGAUAGAUUGACCAAGCUUUGGAAAUGGGUAGAUGCGCAGAAAUGCAAGACUCCAGAUCAGACAAGAACUCAAUUACAAAAUUGGCUGCCUAAGGGGCUUUGGACAGAAAUAAAUGGGUUGCUGGUUGGAUUUGGACAAAUAAUCACUAAAUCGAGGAACCUUGGUGACAUGUUACAAUUCUUGCCACCGGAUGAUCCCAGAAGCUCCUUAGAUUGGGAUUUGCAGUCUCAAUUGUACAAGGAAAUCCAGCAAAAUAUCAUGAGUUAUCCAAAGUGGGUGAAAUACCUGGAAGGAAAACGUGAACUGAACGUGGAGGCGGAAAUCAAUGUUAAACACGAGGAGAAAACAGUUGAAGAAACUAUGGUCAAACUGGAAAAUGAUAUUUCUGUUAAAGUAGAGGACUAA